GUCAGUCCGUCAGAGGCUGCGCGUGCGCAUGCCAACGUCGAUUUUACCGCCGUCGCUAGCGUCUUAAAAAAAAAUACCCAAAUAUACUAAAUAAUAAUAAUAAAUCGAGUCAAAUUUAUGUAUGGCAAAGUUUUUGAGUAAUUUCGAGUGUUAAAAAUGUUCUAAACUAUAGUGAAGCUAGGAAAAUCUCGAAAAUGCUACCUGUGUAUAUGUAAAGUGGUUUACGAUUGAUAUUUUUUGUUUGUCCGCCUGUGUGUAGGUAAUAGCCGUGUUCGAACCAAGAAAUGGGUUUAUAAUUGGUCUAAAUCAAAGACCGCAAUGGUUCAUGUGAGAAGAGGAUAGCAAGAACAAAAUGUCACAAAGAGAUUUCUCUGAGGUUGAGCCCACUGGCUCAGCGUCCUUGGGAGCGGCAUCCCGAGCACUGUUCGUGGAAAAAGUGAGAGCAUCCAACGCUGCCUGUCAAGCCGGGGACUUCGCCACGGCUGUCGCGCUCUACACUGAUGCUUUGACUUUAGAUCCCGCUAACCACAUACUGUACAGCAAUAGAUCCGCAGCAAGAUUGAAGCAGGGUCAGUUCGCAGCCGCGUUACAGGAUGCGACACGUGCGAAGGAACUCUGUCCCAAUUGGCCAAAAGCUUAUUAUCGACAAGGCGUAGCUCUUCAAUGUCUGGGACGGCACGGAGAAGCAUUGGCGGCUUUCAGCUCAGGACUGGGAGUGGAGCCGUCUUCGAGGCAGCUGCUGGCUGCGCUCGUUGAGGCUUCACUGAAAUCACCUCUACGGACAACCCUUGAACCUACCUUCAGACAACUUGAAGCUAUGAAAUUAGAUCAGUCGCCUUUUGUACUUAUAUCGGUAGUGGGACAAGAAUUGCUUGCAGCCGGCCAAUACCAGGCAGCGGUGACGGUUCUUGAGGCGGCGCUCAGAAUCGGAUCCUGUUCACUCAAAUUACGGGGGUCAGUGUUCAGCGCAUUAUCAUCAGCUCACUGGGCGCUGAGUCAACUCGACGCUGCCAUAAACUACAUGCAACAAGACCUAGCAGUGGCCAAGUCAUUAGGCGACACGGCUGGAGAAUGUCGCGCCCACGGGAACCUUGGAGCGGCUUACUUCAGCCAGGGCUCUUAUAAAGACGCCCUCACGGCACAUCGGUAUCAACUUGUCCUCGCUAUGAAAUGCAAGGACACACAAGCGGCAGCGGCGGCAUUAACAUCAUUAGGGCACGUGUACACAGCUAUAGGUGAUUAUCCUAACGCAUUGGCGAGCCAUAAGCAAUGUGUCCAACUCGUCAAACAGAUGGGCGACAGAUUACAGGAGGCCAGGGAGAUAGGGAACGUCGGUGCUGUGUAUUUGGCAAUGGGAGAAUUCGACUCGGCUGUCGACUGUCACACACAACAUUUAAGACUUGCAAGAAGGUUAGGAGAUCAGGUAGAAGAAGCAAGAGCUUACUCAAACCUUGGUUCCUCAUAUCACUAUCGACGAAAUUUUUCUCAAGCAAUAGCUUACCAUGAGAAUGUGUUGAGGAUUGCUCAAAGUUUGGGAGACAGAGCGAUCGAAGCUAGAGCUUACGCUGGACUAGGACACGCAGCCAGGUGCGCCGGUGACUACGCGCAAGCAAAGAAGUGGCACGAACGACAGCUCGACGUCGCUUUGGCGGCGAGAGAUAAGGUUGGAGAAGGUAGGGCUUGUUCAAAUCUGGGCAUCGUGUAUCAAUUACUUGGUGAACAUGAUGCUGCACUUAAGUUGCAUCAAGCUCAUCUUUCUAUAGCCAGGCAAUUACAGGAUAAAGCUGGCAUGGGUCGCGCUUAUGGCAAUAUUGGGAACGCAUAUUCCGCAGCAGGAUUUUACGAGCAAGCAAUCAAAUACCACAAGCAGGAACUGACAAUAUCUAAAGAAGUGCAUGACAGAAGUUCGGAAGCGUCUACUCACGGAAAUUUGGCUGUUGCCUAUCAAGCGUUGGGAGCUCAUGAUAUGGCGUUGUUCCAUUAUAGAGCGCAUUUGGGUAUUGCCCGAGAACUAAAAGACGCAGCAGGUGAAGCUUGUGCCUUAUUGAACCUCGGAAAUUGUUUGUCUUCACGCGGGGAGUUCGCUCAGGCCGUGCCUUACUACGAGCAACACUUAAUGUUGUCACAAGAGCUAGGCGAUGUUACUGCGGAAGCUAAGGCGUGCCAUUUCUUAGGAUAUGCUCAUUAUUGUUUGGGCAAUUAUAGAGAGGCUGUUAGGUAUUAUGACCAAGACCUGUCUCUGGCCAAAGAUCUUCAAGACAAGAUGAACAUGGGUAGAGCGUACUGUAACCUUGGACUUGCACAUCUCGCGUUAGGGAACCUUGAAACGGCGCUAGAAUGCCAAAAGUACUUCCUCGCCAUAGCACAUAUGACGCAACACUUGCAAGGGAAAUUUAGAGCAUUAGGGAAUAUAGGUGACGUCCUGAUCAAAAUGGGAGAUGUCGAAGAGGCCGUCAAAAUGUACCAGCGACAGCUCGGCUUUGCUAGACAGGCCCGAGACAGAUCUUUAGAAGCAGCCGCAUGUGGUGCCUUAGGUCUAGCUAGGAGACUCCAAAGAAGACUUGAUGCUGCUUUGGGUCAUCAUACACAGGAACUGACUCUCCGACAAGAGGCAGGAGACGCGGCAGGUGAGGCGAGAGCACACUCUCACCUCGGCGCUGUCCAUAUGGCCUUAGGGCAUUACUCACAUGCGGCCAGAUGUUACAGGGAACAAUUAGAAAGAGCUCAAGAAUUACAAGACUGCGUAUUAGAAGCGCAGGCGUAUGGCAAUUUAGGUAUUGCUAAACUCAACAUGGGGCAUUAUGAAGACGCCAUAGGUUACUUAGAACAGCAACUAGCAAUACUGGAACGUGUAAAUAGUCCCACGUGUCAACUAGAAAAAGCUCGAGCGCUCGGUUCGCUGGGCGACUGUUACGAUGCACUCGGCGACCCUGAGGAAGCAGCCAAGUACCACGAGCAACACCUGGCUGCUGCACUUAAACUCGACAAUGCUAGAGAACAAGAAAGAGCAUACCGUGGUCUUGGACUUAGUCACAAGUCCAUCGGUAACCUUCAGCAAGCGCUAGUAUGUCUGGAGAAGCGACUAGUCGUAUCCCACGAGCUCGGAGUCCCAGAAGCGAAGGCGCAGGCGUACGGCGAACUGGGCGCUCUGCACAUCGCGCUCAACAAUCUUGACCAGGCAGUUUCCUGUCUCGAACAUCAGAAGAAUAUUGCCAAGGAGCUGAACAACCAGAUAAUGGAAGCGGAAGCAUGCCACUCUCUUGGUGCUGCGCAACACGCGCGUGGAGACCACGCGGCUGCCGUCCGACAUCACCGCGCUGAACUUGAACUUGCUCAUAGACUUGGUCUCGCACAUUUGCAGGCGCGUGCAAGCGGUGGACUAGGUGCAGCUCACGCGUCGAUGGGCGCUCACGCUGAAGCGGCUCGCUGGCACGAGUCCAGGCUGCGACACGCUACCGCUGCAGGUGAUAGCCGUGGACGGGCGCAGGCGCUGGCAGACUUGGGACGGGCGCACCUGGCGAUGGGCGCGUGCGGCAGCGCCGUCUCCUACUUGCGGCAGGCGCUCGCUGCCACCGAGGGUCUCGCCGAUGCCGAUGAAGAGGCGAGAGUUCGUCAUAGACUUGGUUUCGCACUGUGGGCAUCAGGCGAACUCGAGGAGGCCAAGGAACAGCUACAAGCAGCUCUCACGGUACUGGAAUCGAGUGCUGAGAAACACCGAGACAGGAAAAUCGCAGCUCUGUACACAUCCUCGCAGCACGCGUUGCAACGAGUUCUUGUUGAGCUGGGUCGUCACCCCGAGGCGCUAGUGGUGGCGGAGCGCGGUCGCUGUCGCGGCUUCGAUUCCGUCGCCGAAAAACAUUCUGGAGCCCUCAACCAGGCUUAUCUGGAACUCCACGCGGCACAGAGAAGUUCAUCAGAAGAAACGAACAAAGAACGCACCGAACCAUGGAGUCCAUCUACGGUUGAGCAAGUACUAGAGGUGGUGAAUAGGCAGAAGGCGCCAGUACUGUACUACAGUCUUGCAGCGGGCAGGCUGUAUGCUUGGCUUCUUCAGCCACAUAAAGGCAUACUCCGAUUCCACCAAGUAUCCUUAUUUGAAGAAGCAGAAGAUAGCGAUAACAGUUUACCGGACAUCAGUCCUGAUGAUCUUCAACCCAACAACGGUGGUUUAGGCAAGCUGGAGCGGUGUAUAAGCGAAUGGUCGAAUUGGCUGAAGACGGCGGCUGAGCGCAGAAGUGAAGACGAUCAGUGGGACCCCGAGGAGAGGCCCUCUACCGGACUUGCAAGAAUGGUGACUCGUAACCACCUACUGAACUCAUCAAACUACUCUCUGAGUUCAUUGUUCAGCGUAGGCUCCGUCGGUGGGUCUGUUGCUGGUUCUGUCGCCAGCCUCCAAGGUUCUACCAGAUCCAGUGUGCACGGGCCUCGCAAGAAGCAACCGUCAUGGCAGGGCCCGCCGUGCCUCACCUCUCUGUAUCAAAUGUUGAUAGCUCCUUUCGAAGAUUUGUUACCAACUUCUUGCAACAACAAUCAUGCGUCACACGGUCGGCGCGGGUGCGGCGGUCGGCGCGAGCUAGUGCUCGUGAUAGAGGGCGCGCUGUACGCGUGUCCGUGGGGCGCACUGCGGGGUGUUAGCGGCGGCGGGGUAGGGGGCGGUGGCGGGGGCGCGGGCGGCGCGGACGAGCCGCUGUGCGAGCGGUACGCGCUGCUGGCUGCGCCCGCGCUGCGACAUCACCGCCACCAGCGACAUCUGCGCGCGCGCCCGCAUCACGAACACGGUGAGGGUGGCGAGAGCGGUGGCGCGGAGACGGGCAUGCGGUGCCUGGUGGUGGGCGGGGCGCGCGUGGGCGGCGCGCGCUGGCCGCCGGCCGCCGCGCAGCUCAAGGAGGCCGAGCUCGUCGCGGACAUGCUGCGCGUCACGCCGCUCACCGACUACCAGGCGUCGAAAGAGGCUGUCCUCGCUCAGUUGCCGCAAGCUGAGUGCGUACAUUUCGCCACUCACAUCUGCUGGAAGACGCCCGCGAUCGUACUUAGUCCUGGUGAAGUGGUUGAUUCGCAAGCGAAACGCCUUUUAAACACAAGCGUUGGGAACAGCGUCGCUGACACAUCCAUUGAACAUGAGGAUGAAAACGCAGAAUUAUCAGCCAGUAAUGAAGAGUUGCCGCCUUCUUCAGAGUACAUGCUAACUGCAUCCGAAAUCAUGAGUUUGAAGCUUACCGCUAGACUUGUGGUGAUAUCUUGCGCCCCGUCGAGCGGUGCGUUGCAAUCGAGCGAGGACGAGGAGACGAGUGUAGUGUGUGGCGCGGAAGCGGGGGCGGGUGUGUCGCAGUUGUGCCGCGCGCUGCUGGCAGCGGGCGCUCAUGCGGUGCUACUCACUUUGUGGCCCGCCCCUCAAGACACAGCCACCAAGAUACUGUACCGAGCGCUGUACUCUGCACUCUUACAGGGCAGCAGGCUUGCCAAGGCGCUGGGCGACGCGAUGCAGACGGUGCGGCACACGAAGCACUUCGCGCACCCGGCGCACUGGUCGGGGCUGCUGCUGCUGGGCGCCAACGUGCGCCUCAGCAACAAGGUCGCGCUCAUGGGGCAGGCGCUCUGCGAGCUGCUCGCCGCGCCCGACAAGUGCCGUGACGCUCUACGCGUGUGCCUACAUUUAGUAGAGAAAUCACUGCAGAGGAUCGUAAGAGGACAGAAAAAUGCAAUGUACACGACCCAGAAGAGUAUAGAGAACAAAGCAAAUAACGCCACGGGCUGGAAAGAACUACUCAUGAGCGUUGGAUUCAGAUUCGAACCUGCUGCUAAUGGGAUUCCUUCAAGCGUAUUCUUCCCACAAAGUGAUCCAGAGGAAAGAUUAACUCAAUGUUCCGCUAGUCUCCAAGCCUUACUCGGGUUGACACCAACAACGCUACAAGCACUUUCAAAACUGAUUUCGAACGGUGACGUGGCCGAUGACAUCAUCGGCGUCAUCCGCUCCGUCAUUUCACAAUUCUCCGUCAAGAACUCUGAAAACGACACCAUCGAAGUUGCUGUUAACGUUAGGUUGUGGCGAGUGAAUGGUUGCCACGAACUUUUAGCAUCACUGGGCUUCGAUCUGGCGGAAGUUGGACAGGACGAGGUGACGCUACGUACUGGAAAGUCUGCCAACAGGAGACACAUACAGUUUGUGCUACAGGCUCUACUUGCUCUAUUUGAUACCCAGGAAGCACCACGUAGCCUCAGCUUAGAAUCCAGUUCGAGUAUCGAAUCACUAGCUUCUCUUGAUGAUGGCGAUCUUGAGCCACAUUCUGAUGGAGAACCUCCACCAAGGCAACAUCGGCAAGACAGUGUAUCUUCGGUGCCACCUCCGCCGCUCCCAUUGGGAUCAUGUGGCGGUGCCUUUACGAUGUACGUCAGAGGCUCAGCAUCUACAACGGCAGAAGUAGGCCGCGGUGAACCAGACGGCAGAACCGCUCCCCCUCCCGCACCACCACCUCCCAGAUAUAGGGGAGAAAGUGAUGCCGCUUUCACACCUUCCCCACCUGCAGCACCACCCCCAGCUACCGCGCCACCUAGAGACGUGUCUCUAGCAUUAGCACAUCAGACUAAAAUACGAACAUUGUACACUCGACGACCACCGUCUGAUGAUUCUGAUUGGGAGAGUUCAGGUCACGAUACCGUGUUACGAAGACGCCCCGAGCAUGCCCACCCGAGGUAUCUAGAUGCAUUCUAUGAUCUUGCCUCGAGUCAAACUAGAAGAACAGAAGAGGAGAAGAACGAUCAGGUUUUAAACCAGCCCUCAACAUCGAAACGCGUGCAGAGACCAAAAAUGGGCACAAGUAGUCGAGAUUCGAUGGCCCAAGUGCGCCACAUGAGCGGGGAGCUCACUCCGACGAUAUCGGAAGUAUACCAUGAGAGGAACAUCGGUUUAGGUCUUGCUCCUCCGCUAGCCGAGUUACUUCUAGCAGAAGACUCGAAGACAGAAAUGAGAGCAGCUAGCUCAAGUGAGAACCUUCUUCUACAAAACUUAGAGAAGUUGGGUCUCCUGGGAGACACGACCGAAACUGAAGAAAGGUGGUGUCCAACCAACUCUUCACGGCCGUGGUUGUCAGCGCCUCCCCUGGAGACGGGCGUACAGGGGUCAGAUCUCACGACGGCAGAAAUUAUCGAGAGACAGACUAAAUUUAAGAAAGACACCGAGCCAAAGAGGAAAGAGGAGAACGCAUACGAGCUAAAGCCUAAAGAUGAAGUACCAGGUCCGAGCGGGAUAGAGAAGCCUUCGGUUUCGCCGUUCUCGGAGUUGUCCCGUAGAGACGAGGGUGAUGGAAGAAGCAUUGCGGACUCACACUCGUCAUAUAAAGCACUAGUGUUAAGUCCGAGAGCGCCGUAUCUCCCUGAAGAAGGCGAGGCGUCACUGAGUGCGCCCAUGGAGGGCGGGAAAACGCAUCCGCGGCCGCGCCGGCCGCCCGUACCGAGGACUCGCCCCGCUUACACCACACUCGAUUUUCCACCGAAUAAGUAAAAUGUAGAUAUUAGGAUAACUUUCAUAUUCAUAGAAUCUACUUGAUAUAAGCAUGCUACUAGUGCAGUUCGUACCAAUAUUAUAAAAAAUGUGUAGACGUAUUUGAUUUUUUUAAUCAAAUACGCUUAAACGGCUCAACGAAUUUGAAUGCUUGGUACAUCCCUAAAUAGAUCAUGUCUUGUAUUGCCCUUACCCAAUUUUUAUGAGUAAAGCCGCGGAUUAUAACUAGUAUUAAGUAAUAGUUUUAAUUUGAGCUUAAUAAAUUCUGGCUAUGAUUGUAUACUACCUACAAUUCUACAGUUUUUACAUUGUUACAAUUUGUUAACUAAUUAUCUAAUUAAUUUAAUGUAUAUUAGUACAUGAAUAUAAAUAUUUUAUACAGUCUCGUGUUAAUAUUACAUAGACUUUAAUUAAUUAUGUGCUAUUUAUUUGUGAUUAUAAAAACUUAAGUAUACUAUUACGUAUUAUAGAUUCCUACAUGUUUAUUUUGUAAUUUGGAUUCUUGCCAUUGUGUAUAAUUUUAAUCUUUUUCAUCAUGUA